AUGGAAAACCGUUUGCCGAGGCUCAAGGCGAGGUCAAGUAACCGAGUCUCAACAGUCAAGGAGCCUGUGGGUGUCUGCGGCUUGAUCACUCCGUGGAACUUCCCUGCCGCCAUGAUCACCCGUAAGAUCGGGCCUGCAUUGGCGGCCGGCUCCUUUCGAGUGGGUAUUCCUAAAGGUGUGGUAAACAUCGUGACUGCGCUGGAGGAUACCCCUGAGGUCGGCCACACUCUCACCACUCAUCCGGAUAUCAAGAAGAUCUCGUUUACGGGCUCGACCCGUGUGGGUAAACUCCUAAUGGGACAGGCUUUUUCUACUGUGAAGCGAGUCUCUUGGGAACUUGGCGGCAAUGCUCCGUUCAUUGUCUUUGAUGACGUCGAAGAUAUCGAUACGGCGGGUCGCUGGCGCUCUUGCGUCGAGGUUCCGAGGUACUGGACAAACCUGCGUCUGCGCUAA